AGAGAUAGUCACUUACUUAGUGUAUUACUGACGCAUGACCUUUAAUGGUUUUGCUUAGAUUGAACAUUGAUGGUUUACUUGUCUACUUUCCGUAUGAUUACAUUUACCCAGAACAGUAUAGCUACAUGAAGGAGUUGAAGGCAGCUCUUGAUGCGAAGGGUCAUUGUGUUCUGGAAAUGCCUUCUGGUACAGGCAAGACAGUAUCAUUGCUUUCCCUUAUAGUUGCUUAUCACAAGGUCAAUCCGUCAUCUUGUUCGAAGUUAAUUUACUGCUCAAGAACCGUUCCAGAGAUUGAGAAAGUUUUGGAAGAAAUGAAAGUUUUGGUUGAAUAUUGUGAGAAGGAAGCCGGAGAACCAACAAAACUGUUAGCUAUUGGAGUGAGCUCAAGAAAGAAUUUGUGCAUUCAUCCUGAGGUCAGUGGUCACAGAAAUGGACAGGUGGUUGACAGCAAAUGUCACAGGUUGACGGCGUCAUUUGUUAGAGAGCAACACACUGAGAAUAGUGAAGUUGAAGUCUGUUCAUAUUAUGAGACAUUUGAAAGAGAGGGUCGUGAGGUACCAUUACCACCAGGAGUUUAUAACCUUGACGAUCUCAAGGAAUUUGGUCGAUCUCAAAGAAUUUGCCCAUAUUUUUUGGCUCGUUAUUCUAUGAUUCAUGCUAAUGUAAUUGUUUAUAGCUACUACUACCUUCUGGAUCCAAAGAUUGCAGACGUUGUAUCUAAGGAACUUCCAAAAGCAAGUGUUGUUGUGUUUGAUGAGGCACACAAUAUUGACAACGUAUGCAUUGAGAGCAUGAGCGUUAACAUCAGUCGACGUACUUUGGAUCAGUGUUCAGCAAGUGUAGAUUCUUUGCAGAAACACAUCAGAGAACUGAAGCAAAAGGAUGCUCAACGUUUGCAAAAUGAGUAUCAGAGGCUUGUGGAAGGUUUAAGAGAUGCUUACAGGUCUCGUGAAACUGAUAUUUAUCUUGCAAAUCCAGUGCUACCAGAUGAGAUUUUGCAAGAAGUGGUACCUGGAAACAUCAGAAAAGCUGAACAUUUUGCUGCAUUUAUGAGACGGUUUGUUGAAUAUUUGAAGAGUCGUUUACGGGUACAACAUGUUGUGUCAGAGACGCCCUCAUCUUUUCUUCAGCAUGUUUCACAGACAGUCUGCAUUGAAAGGAAGCCUCUUAGGUUUUGUUCGGAACGUUUGCAAUCAUUAAUCAAAACACUUGAACUUUCUGACUUUUCUGAUUAUCACAGUCUUACUGUUGUUGCAAGCUUUGCUACUCUUGUCAGUUCAUAUUCUAAAGGGUUUAGUUUGAUUAUUGAACCGUUUGAUGACAGAGCUCCCACUAUUUCAAAUCCAAUUCUACAUUUUAGCUGCAUGGAUGCAUCAAUAGCUAUUCGUCCUGUGUUUGAGCGGUUCCAGUCAGUUGUUAUAACUUCUGGGACUCUUUCUCCAUUGGACAUGUACCCCAAAAUUCUUAACUUUCAUCCUGUUACGAUGGCGACAUUUACAAUGACUCUCUCUCGUCCAUGUUUCUGCCCUUUGAUUGUGAGCCGUGGCAAUGAUCAAGUUGCAAUGACGUCAAAGUUUGAGUCUCGUGAAGAUCUAGCUGUCAUACGUAACUAUGGCAACUUGCUUGUUGACUUGUCUGCUUGUGUUCCUGAUGGCAUAGUUUGUUUUUUCCCGAGCUAUGUGUACAUGGAGGCAGUCGUUGCUGCAUGGUCUGAGCAGGGCAUCAUAUCAAAUGUGCAGAGAAACAAGCUGUUGUUUGUUGAGACACAGGAUGGUGCGGAAACAAGCUUAGCAUUAGAGAAUUAUCAUAAGGCUUGUAGCAAUGGACGAGGAGCUAUCUUAUUGUCUGUGGCAAGAGGAAAGGUUUCAGAGGGAAUUGAUUUUAACCACCACUAUGGGAGGGCUGUCAUCAUGUUUGGUAUUCCUUAUGUCUACACACAAAGCAGGAUUUUGAAGGCAAGGCUUGAUUAUCUUCGUGACCAGUUUGAAAUUAAAGAGAAUGAUUUUCUGACUUUUGACGCAAUGAGACAUGCGGCGCAGUGUGUUGGUCGUGUUAUUCGAGGGAAGUCUGAUUAUGGAAUCUUGGUGUUUGCCGACAAGCGGUUUUCUCGUAUUGACAAGAAGAGUAAGCUACCCAAGUGGAUUCAAGAGCAUUUGAAGGACUCACUCUGUAAUUUGUCAGUGGAUGAAGCAGUACAGGUCUCUAAGCAUUUUCUUCGUCAAAUGGCCCAGCCUUUCAACAAAGCAGAACAGUUGGGAUUGUCUCUUUUAACUCUAGAACAAGUUCAAUUAGGUGAGUGGAAGCAAUCCUCAGAUCUGGAAAGAAUCGAAAUGAUUGUUUCAUAACUGGCUCAACAGACUGCGCGGAUGAAUUGCCCGCGUUUAAUUAAUUAAUUAUAGUUAUUAUCUACAGGAGACUGUCUGGUCAUUUAGCUCAGAUGUAGAUUAUAGGUACUCUACUAACAAUAGUCAUAAAAUUAUAAAUUAUUGUAGUGUGUACACAAGACGGUACAGUACAUCUGGUACAGUG